AUGGGCAGAGGUCAAGGCUACUCGCCCAAAGCAGGCCGCGCGAACACGAUGGAGGUAGAAGGAGACCUAGCUAGUGCCUUUCAAAGGCUAUCAGUGGCAUCUGCAAAGCUCGACGGCGACAUUGAUGAUAUGCUAGACCAGGCCAAACCACGCAAACGCAUUCGCAAGUCGCCUGAGGAGAUCAAAGCACAACUCGAGAAGCAAUGCUUGACGCCAUCCACAACAUUCAGUCCGGAAUGGCUCGAUCGUCUGCAGCAGAGAUGGGAUGCACCGACCAACUAUAAUGAGCUCUUCACCUUGGCUCCAACACAAACAAGAACUAUUAUUCGCUUCACUCGUGAGGGUCUUGAAGGCCGUGUGACUGGCUACAAGGAAGUCACUGUUCCUGCUAACAGUGCUACGGCGAAGAACUCGACUUCGCUUCUACGAAAACCUGCUAAUCGUGCCGAUUUUGUGAGAGGUGCAGCUGGCUUUUAUCCUUUUGCACCAGGUGGACUGGAUGCCGUUGAAGCUACUGCAGCUGCGGAAGAUGAGUUCCUUGCUCAAAGUCGUAGCGCUGAAGAGGCGGGGAGACCCAAUCAGCUUGAUCGAGUGAUCGACUUUGCAGCGGAAGGUGGGCUCCUGGAAGUGCCGCCGGGUUUCAAGCGUGGUUUGCGGCUUCCUGAGAAACCUCUCCAGGACGAGGCUACCGCGGAGGAAGUCGAAAAAGUUCUUGAGGAGCAGGCCGAUGAUCCGGAGGCACUAGCCAAUGGCACUGACGAAGCUGUUAAUGGUGUCACUCCCGAGGAAGCCGACGAGGACGAUGAAGAGGAAGUCGACGCUCUACUGCCCAUCGAGUUCCCAGCUCUGGCACCCCACGGUACACUCGCCAUUGCGCGUAACAAGCACGGUGGUCGUGAGUGGGCCCACAUGGUCGAUGUCAACCGAGAUAUCACUAAUUUCAAGGAACUGGUCCCGGAGAUGGCACGUACGUGGCCAUUCGAGCUUGACACAUUCCAAAAGGAAGCUGUAUAUCACCUUGAGAACGGUGAUUCUGUGUUCGUCGCUGCGCAUACAUCUGCCGGAAAGACUGUGGUGGCCGAGUAUGCUAUUGCUUUGGCUGCAAAGCAUAUGACGAAAGCUAUCUACACUUCUCCAAUCAAAGCCUUGAGCAACCAAAAGUUCCGAGACUUUCGCAACGAGUUCGACGACGUGGGUAUCUUGACUGGAGAUGUGCAGAUACGACCCGAGGCUAGCUGUCUCAUAAUGACUACCGAGAUCUUGCGGAGCAUGCUGUAUCGUGGAGCUGACCUUAUUCGAGACGUUGAGUUUGUGAUCUUCGAUGAGGUCCACUACGUCAAUGAUCUGGAGCGAGGUGUGGUCUGGGAGGAGGUCAUCAUUAUGUUACCAGAGCACGUCACCUUGAUCUUGCUGUCUGCCACAGUACCAAACACGCACGAAUUCGCGUCAUGGGUCGGACGAACUAAGAAGAAGGACAUCUAUGUCAUCUCAACCCCGAAACGACCUGUUCCGCUUGAGCAUUAUCUGUGGGCAGACAAGAAGAUGUACAAGAUUGUUGACUCGAAUAAGCAUUUCAUUGAUAAGGGCUGGAAGGAUGCCAACGAUGCCAUGACUGGCAAAGACAAGCAGAUUGCAGCCGAGGCAAAAGCCAAGGAGAAGGAGGAUGUAGCAGUGGCGGCCGGUCGUGGAGGCAGAGGCGGACGUGGUCAGCCAGGCCGUGGUGGGCAGCAACGUGGUGGUGCUAAUCAGCGAGGCGGUCCGCAGCAGCGAGGUCGGGGUGCUCCUGCUGCUCGUGGUCAAGGCAACAUUGCACGUACUGGCAGAGGCGGAGGACGCACGACAGCAGCACAGGAUCGCAAUAUAUGGGUCCAUUUGGUCCAGCAUCUACGGAAAGAGGAGCUAUUGCCAUGCUGUAUUUUCGUCUUCUCCAAGAAGCGAUGCGAAGAGAAUGCCGAUGCUCUAGCUAACAACGACUUCUGCACUGCCAGUGAGAAGAGUGCUAUCCACAUGAUUUUGGAGAAAUCUUUGGCACGUCUCAAACCAGACGACCGCACCUUGCCACAAAUUCGCCGCAUCAGAGAGCUACUAGCGAGAGGUAUUGCUGUGCAUCACGGCGGUCUUUUACCGAUCGUCAAGGAAUGUGUUGAGAUCUUGUUCGCAAAGACAUUGGUCAAGGUACUUUUCGCCACGGAAACUUUUGCAAUGGGGUUGAACUUGCCGACAAGAACCGUCGUCUUCUCUGGCUUCCGCAAGUACGACAACAAGAACUUCCGUGAUCUGCUACCAGGCGAGUACACGCAAAUGGCUGGUCGAGCCGGCAGAAGAGGUCUCGAUACGGUCGGCUAUGUCAUACUCGUUAGUCCUGGGUCUGAUGAAGCGCCGCCUGCUGCUCGUCUUCGACAGAUGAUGCUUGGGGACCCGACGAAGCUGCGCUCGCAGUUCAGGCUGACGUACAAUAUGAUCCUGAACUUGCUUCGGGUGGAAGCGCUCAAGAUCGAGGAGAUGAUUAAGCGAUCUUUCUCUGAAAAUGCCACGCAGGCUUUGCUUCCGGAACACGAAAAGCAGAUUAUAUUGUCCGAGGCUGAUCUUGAGAAAGUGAAGCGUGAGCCGUGCACUACUUGCGACAAAGAUAUGGAGCGGUGUCAUCAGGCUGGUGUGGAUUAUGAUAUGUGCACGAAGCAGUUGCAUCUCUCCAUGCUCGCUACACCCGUCGGCCGCCGCAUGUUCCAGCCAAAGCGCUUGAUUGUGUUCAAGGGACAAAACGAUGUCCGUACGGUGGGUGUGCUGCUUCGUGAAGGUGCCCGAGGUGGAUCAGCGGCUAGUGUGCAAGUUCUUGAAGUCCUGCAUAAACCGAAGCGAAAUCGUCAGGAUGCAGAUUUCUUGCCAUACCUGCCACGCUUCAGACGCCACUUCGUACCCCUGCCACAGAGCGAAAAAGAGUUUGACCUUCGACUGGCUAUGAUAAGGCUCGAUGAUAUCGAGGCUUUGACGGCAAGUCAUAUCAAGAUCGACGUCAACGCCGUAUUACAAAAGCAGCCGGACGCAAUGACAGAAGCGAAGACAGAACUGCUUGCCUGCUGCUCCUCCUGGACAUCUUCAACAUGGAACGAGCUCGAAUAUUACAAGUGGUUGAAGGAGAUGUCCCUCCGCCAACUCAUGGACGAGCGCGCCAAAGCCGCCAACAUCGCCCAGCAAUGCGAAUGCAUCCACUGCAAAGACUUCGCCAAGCAUUACGCCAUGGAACACGACACCUGGGUCAUCAAAGACAACAUUGACUCCAUCCGCCAACUGAUGUCCGACCAAAACCUCCAACUCCUACCCGACUACCAGCAACGCAUCUCCGUGCUCAAAGACCUCGGCUUCAUCGACGACAAUUCCCGUGUCGAACUCAAAGGCAAAGUCGCCUGUGAGAUCCACUCGGCCGACGAACUCGUCCUGACCGAGCUAGUACUUGAGAACGUCCUAGCCGAAUUCGAACCCGAAGAAAUCGUCGCCCUGCUCUCCUCCUUCGUCUUCCAAGAGAAAACAGAUUCCAUCCCCAACCUCACGCCCGCCUUAGAACGCGGCCAAGAGAUCUUAAUCAAAAUCUCUGAAAAGGUGAACCACUACCAGACUCUACAUCAAGUCAUCCUCUCCUCGGACGACAGCAACGAUUUCGUCUCCCGGCCACGUUUUGGAUUGGUGGAGGUGGUGUAUGAAUGGGCACGGGGGAUGCCGUUUAAUCGGAUCACGGACCUGACGGAUGUGUUGGAGGGGACGAUCGUGAGGGUUAUUACGCGGUUGGAUGAGACGUGUAGGGAGGUGAAGAAUGCGGCGAGGAUUAUUGGGGAUCCCACGCUUUUCACUAAGAUGCAGAGUUGUCAGGAGUUGAUUAAGAGGGAUAUUUGUGCUACGGCUAGUUUGUAUAUGUGA